AUUUGUAUCUUAUUAAAAAUAACAAACAAACCAUGGGCAGUGGUGGAAUGGCAUGGGGUGUGCUUUUCUUCAUGAUCAUGGCCUUCGUGGGUCUCAACACACGAGUUUUGAAGGCUGACAAUGGGCUCUGCUUUGCAGCAAAUGAUUACAAAGAUGCACUCACCAAAGCCAUCUUGUUUUUCGAAGGCCAACGGUCAGGGAAGUUACCGGCAAACCAGAGAGUCAAAUGGAGGGGUGAUUCUGCACUCUCUGAUGGCAACCCUGAUAAUGUGAGAUUGAUUGGAGGAUACUAUGAUGCUGGUGACAAUGUGAAGUUUGGGUGGACCAUGGCAUUCAGUGUGAGCUUGUUGAGUUGGGCUGCUUUUGAGAACCAGAAUGAUAUAUCUUCAGCCAACCAGCUCGAUUACCUUCGCACAGCAAUCCGUUGGGGGUCUGAUUUCAUUUUGAGAUCUCAUACUUCACCUACCACCCUCUAUACUCAGGUAGGAGAUGGAAACAAAGAUCACCAGUGUUGGGAGCGUCCCGAAGACAUGGACACGGCUCGAACGCUCUACAAGAUCACUUCCACUUCACCAGGCACAGAGGCAGCAGCUGAGGCUGCUGCCGCUCUUUCUGCUGCUUCAAUUGUGUUUAAAGGGGUUGAUUCCAACUAUUCUGCCAACCUAUUAAGCCAUUCAAAAUCUAUGUUUGGGUUUGCAGACAAGUAUAGAGGGUCUUACCAGGGUUCAUGCCCUUUCUAUUGCUCUUACUCUGGCUAUCAGGAUGAGCUGUUAUGGGCUGCGGCAUGGCUAUACAAGGCAAGUGGAGAAAGCAGCUACUUGAACUAUGUCGCGAGCAACCAAGGUUGGAGUCAGGCAGUAUCGGAGUUCAGUUGGGAUAACAAAUUUGCAGGAGCUCAAACAUUACUAGCAAAAGAAUUCUAUGGUGGGAAGUCUAAUUUGGAUAAGUUUAAGAAGGAUGCUGACUCAUUUGUAUGUGCACUGAUGCCAGGGAGUGGCUCUGUACAGAUUAGCACAACCCCUGGUGGGCUUCUGUAUUAUAGAGAUAGUAGUAAUCUACAAUAUGUUACAAGUGCUUCCAUGGUGCUCUUAGUCUACUCGAAGAUCCUUGAUGCUGCUAAAAUACAAGGAAUCCAAUGUGGUUCUACCCAUUUCUCCAAUUCUCAAAUCAAGGCCUUCGCAAAAAAACAGGUGGAUUACAUACUAGGAAACAACCCCAAGAAUAUGUCAUACAUGGUGGGAUUUGGGAGCAAAUACCCAUUGCAAUUACACCACAGAGGUUCAUCCAUCCCUUCAAUCCAAUCUCACCCAUCCAAGGUGGGAUGCAACGAUGGCUUUUCAACCUGGUAUUCUUCUAGCAAACCAAAUCCAAACACUCAUGUGGGUGCCAUUGUUGGAGGUCCUGAUUCAAGUGAUCACUUCAAUGAUGUGAGAUCAGAUUAUUCCCAUUCAGAGCCAACAACCUACAUGAAUGCAGCUUUUGUUGGUUCAGUGGCUGCUUUGCUUGGUGAAACCAGAGAUGAUUGUUUGCAAGGUGGAACCACAAAUGUGGUCGGAGAUGUUUAGUGUACCAAUUAUGCUAUGAACACAGGAAUCAAAUAUAGAAAUGAACACAGAAUGUACAUGAAUAGAUAUGAUUUUUUACAAAAUUUCACAAAAAUCUUAUCUAUCCAUACGCAUUUUGUGUUCGAUCUGUGUUCUUAUAUGUAUUUUUAGUGUAGUAAGAGUGAAUGUAACUAGUAUUAAUGAAUAACCUACUUGUAGAUUCAAGUGUUUUAGAAUUUUAGGACCAUCUUCUCUCGUUUCCGGUCCUAAAUCCCCUCUUUACCAUACAAUUAGAUAAGAAAAAUAUGAUCGUGUGGUACAGAAUAAAUUUGGGACAAAGGAGAAGGAGACAGAGGAUGAAUACUCGAAUUCUACCUUUAUGGUGUGUGCAAAAAUAAAAGUGGUCAAGAAGUUAAUGUUAAGCAAUAGAAAGGAGGGAUCCAUGUUGUAUUCUCGA